UGAAAUAAAAAAUGGAUCGAUAACCAUCACAGUCUGCUUCAAACUUUUCAAACACCAAUUACAUUUCACUCAUAAAAGCUAUAAAAUGUCUAUAUAGCGAUAAUGUGUAGUCCAUACCAUUCUAUAACUUAUAACUAAUUGAGAUAACGUACUUGAAAUAGUCAUAUCAUUGAACUUGUAAAUGGUUAGCUGGUGUGAAAGCAAUUUUGCCAAUUGAAAACGUUGUAUUUACAAACAACUAAAUAUUAUUCGUUCGAUAAAUUACAGACAGUUCAAUUAUACAAAAAAAACGUUAGCCACGCUGAGAUUAAAAUAAUUGUGAGUAAACAGAGAGGUUCGAGCAAAUCGAUAAAAUUUAAUCAUUUCGAUAUACCAUAUGAAUGGGAUGAGUACAGUGAGUGGUAUGUAUAGUGCUAUAUAAUAGUGAAACCCUCGGCAAUAUAAACUUUGGGCUUGAAUUUGUUUGCAUUUCGAGCACUUCAUUCAACAUACAUGCCGGAAGUGGUGUUAUACUCAUACGUAUACUAUACACAGCCUAAUCCAUAUAAUGCAUGCAAUAAACGGUGAACGCAAACCUAAUAAGCCUUCUCUCAUUGUGAUUAACACACAGCAGGAUAAAUCCGCUCAAUCUACUAAGGUUGUUGACCUUAUUAGAACACGUACUCGUACAAAGGAAAGAUUCUAUUCCAUUGAAGUAUCACAUUCUGGCAGUUUGUUGUUGAAUUUUAAUGACUUCCUUGUACAACCACUGUUUACAUCAGUCACUUGGUUUAGGGAUAAUCUGGAAGCUGAAAAUGAUUCGGUUGAGCCUAGCGUUCGACUGAUGAAUGCUAUAAAAUCAACACCAACCCUUCUGCAUCUAACAUGCUACCAGUUGACUGAAGAGAAGAUUGAGAAACUUUUGAAAAUGAAACUUACAAAUGUGCUGGCUUUACGCGGGGAUGAAGUCACGCCAAACCCGAUAUUUCGACACUCAAUUGACUUGGUCCGACGCAUAAAACAUACGAGUGGCAACACAUCCCUGGCAGUGGCUGGUUAUCCAGAACAACAUCCUGAGUCGAUAUCGAUGGAAAUGGACUUGAAAUAUUUACGGGAUAAGGUGGACGCUGGGGCCGACUUCAUAAUCACACAAACGUGCUUCUCAUCAGCGAAAAUAAAGGAAUUCAUUAGAAACUGUCGCGACGUGGGAAUUAGGGUGGCAAUAGUGCCUGGAAUUUUUGUUCCAUCUACGUUCAAUUCAUUAUUGGCAAUGUGUCGAAUAUGCAAAAUUAGAGUUCCCACAGAAGAAUUUCAGAUGUACAAAAUGCUGAAGGACGAUUCGAAGACGUUUCAACACUAUGCUGUCCAGAGCACCGUCCGAUUGUUAAAUGACUUACUUCACAAAGAUGACGAUGAAGCCGCUGCUGCUGUGGGAGUUCACUUUUUUACUUUGAAUAAUUUCGCUAUGAUUCAUAGAGUGAUCGCAAAUUUCGAUUUCAAAUAAAAUGUACUGACGACACGGGCGACGCACAGCGCUAAUAGGCCAAUCGGGCAAGUAAAUUUCAAAAGGCCCAAAAAAUUGUAACUUUCAUACAAAAAUUCAAAAUAGCAAUGUCCGGUAGUCCAGUCCAGUGAGUCGUUGCCUGACGAAACCAUGAAAAACCAGAUUUCGUUUCUCGUUAAAAAAACCGUUUUAUUUCCUGAAGUUAAUUGCAGAAAAUACUGUCAAUGGCAUGGGAACACGUAUGGCUAAAUAAAUAAUGGAAUUUAU